AUGGCUACUCCCACCCACGAAUAUACUACCACUACACCCGAAGUUCCCGACGGUGUCGAGACCAAGCCUAUUCCGAACGAUAUAGUUCCGUACACCUACUUGAAUCGGCUUACACCACCUGUAGGAACGUCAUUCUUCCAAAAAGAAACUAUCACCAUCUUCGACAAUCAGCAGAUUUCUGUCAAAGGCCUCCACCUGGAGACUCUGACAUGGCGUACGGAUGUGUACAAAUACGCUACAGGUGCGAGGCCCGACAAACCGGACUUCAAGAAAAACGGUGGCGAAAUCUAUAUCAUCUUGGUCCAUGCGGGAACCGGACGAGCACCAGAUGUCCUCCCGUUUUUCGAGCUCACGAAGACAGUCAAGGUGCCGUCCUCGAUCAUACCUGUGAAGCAGUAUCCCGCAAGCAAUAGCGGAACCCCAUCAGGCUCCGAUUUGGCAUAUAGGAUUGAUUAUUUGAACGCAAUGGCUAUGUUCAAAGACGGAGGCCAUUCCUCGUUUCCCUUUGACGCGUCUUACCAAGAAGAUUUCGUUCGUCACCAAGCUGAACAGACCGGCCUCGAAAGAACCGACGGCGUAGAAUUCGGGGUCGUUCCCAGACUUCCAUUCCAUGCUAUCUUCACCUAUCCAAUCAUUGGACUCUCGGUGUUCAAAUGUCUGGAUCCUUCCGCCUUCCCCGCCACAUUCACCUUCCGAGCAGGUGCUGGGUGGCCAGGAUCUAGUCGACACGGUUCAAUCACUAAAGAUGUGUCAAUCAGUUUCGACUUCGCGCCAUAG